AGUCAUUCGCUCAGCCGUGCCGCCAAAACCACAGCGCAAGCAAAGCAGCAAACCAACACCCACACACACACACACACACACGCACACGCACAGGGAUCUUACAGAACAAACAAUGUCAGACUCCAAACACAUCUCGGUCGUCUCGGCGACUUACAAGAGCCCCACGAACGAGCCCUUUGCAGCGGCUAGCGACAUCACGACCGCGACCCCCGUCCCCCCCUCGGCCGCCCUCAGCCUCGAGGACAAGACCAAGUUCCUGCAGGACCUGCGCGCAUCCGUCUCGGCCGUCCAGGAGCAGGUCAACAAGGAGCUGACGCGGCGCAUGGACGAUGACAAGGCCCGCAAGGCCACCGCCGGCAACCCCGUGGACGAGGCCAAGGAGGAGCAGAACUACGGGGAGGAGGUCGUGGACGAAGACGACUGAGGGUGAUGGGGUGUGUAUAAAGGCCAGGUCCUGCCUUUGGUGAUUGGCGGCUGUACUCCAUAUUACACAGCGGUUGAGAAAAAAAAAGAGAAGGAUGGAAUUGGGCAACAACGAUGGCGACCACAAAAGAGCAUCGCUAGCCAGGACGCAUCAUCAGCCAGCAGGACCCAAACAAGAAACCCGAACAGGAAAGCCGUCGCUAUCUAAUAACCGCCAACCCUCCCCCAGCUCGGCCCCCUCUCUUUCGAUGCUCGCUCUUUCGAUGCCACCCCACCGCGGGUCGCCUUGUUGAGGCAGCCAUAGUGGACGACCGUGUUGUCGGGCAGCACGGCGAUGACACUCCCGCCCAGUCGCUUGUGGCACACACCGCACACGCGCUCCUCGCUAAUAACCACGCGACGGCUCCUCCCGCCCUGCUCGGGCACGCCUCUGGCCCCUCCCGCCCCGUCGUCACCGAGGAGCAGGCGCGCCUGCGCCGAGACGAGCUCCGUCUUGCGCAUGCCCGCCACGACGCGACCUUCGUUGACCACACUAUUGGACGACCGGAUCUGUCCGCGGAAAUAGGCCUCGAGCUCCGACACGGGCAGCGAGUCCGGCAGGAGUGACAGCGUCGACGACGCCGGCAAGCGUGAGCCGUGCUUGGACAGCAGGUCUAGCGCCGACUCCCUGUUCGGUGACGGCGGUGACUGGCCGCGCCGCCGGGUCGGGGGGUUGAGGUACAGAGAGAGCAGGGUGUGGUGGAUCGAGGGCUCUGAUUUCUCGUCGUCCUUGAAAGGGUCUUUCUCGCCAUAAGAUGGGGGUGACGCCAUGGACUUCAGCCCUGCAGCCCCCUCCGUCUUGUGCACCUGAUUGCAAUAUCUAUACAGGAAAAGGCGGUCAGGGCGAGUUCAAGUAGCAUUUCAGUAGCAAGAGCCCGUUUCACAUACUCUUCGGCUUUCGCGUAGUCUUUCAUAUCAAAGACGUAGAUCUCCAGGGCCUGCCGGUGGGAUCCCAUAUUGCUUAGGACGAUUGCCUGUGCUUCGUAGAAUGCAGGAUCUGCUCAAGGUGAAAGAAUAACCAAAGGUUAGUUUGAC